AUCUCGCCAGUGGUGAGACUGAGAGCUUCUCUGGAACGGGAAGGGUCAUGGGAACAGCUUGUAGGUGAGAUGGGCGAGACAGACGUGUGCAUCGCAGCUGGCUCUGUCUUUAUUGCAGUGUACCUGGAGACCUACGGCUGCCAAAUGAACGUCAAUGACACGGAGAUCGCGUGGGCCAUCCUGCAGAAGCAUGGCUACACGAGGACGAAGGCGCUCGAGGAGGCAGAUGUGAUUCUCCUCGUCACCUGUUCGGUGAGGGAGAAAGCAGAACAGGCUAUCUGGAAUCGCCUGCAGCACCUCAAGGCUCUGAAAGCGCGGCGACACCAGGCUCGCUUACCUCUCCACAUCGGGAUUCUAGGUUGCAUGGCUGAGAGGCUUAAGGAGAAGAUUCUGCACAGGGAGAAGCUAGUGGAUAUUGUGGCAGGCCCCGAUGCAUAUCGUGACCUUCCCAGGCUGCUGGCAGUGGCUGACUCUGGCCAACAAGCUGCUAACGUCCUGCUAUCGCUAGAGGAGACUUAUGCAGAUGUUCUGCCUGUCCAGACUAGUGCAGGUGGCACAACAGCAUUUGUAUCCAUCAUGCGGGGCUGUGACAACAUGUGUAGCUAUUGCAUUGUGCCCUUCACCCGUGGCCGUGAAAGGAGCCGGCCCAUUGCCUCCAUCCUGCAGGAAGUGAAGAUGCUCUCGGAUCAGGGGGUGAAAGAAGUGACCCUUUUGGGUCAGAACGUUAACAGCUUUCGAGAUAUGUCUGAGGUCCACUUCCAUUCAGCUGCUGCCCCAGUCCUCAGCCGUGGCUUUAGCACAGUCUACAAAGCUAAACCAGGAGGCUUGCGCUUUGCACAUCUCCUGGACCAGGUCUCCAGAAUUGACCCAGAAAUGAGGAUCCGUUUCACCUCUCCACACCCCAAGGAUUUUCCUGAUGAGGUCCUCCAGCUUAUCCAGGAGCGACACAACAUCUGCAAGCAGCUUCACCUCCCAGCCCAGAGUGGAAGCACGCGAGUCCUGGAGGCCAUGAGACGGGGAUACACGAGAGAAGCGUAUUUAGAGCUGGUACACCAUGUGCGUGACUCCAUUCCGGGCGUGAGCUUGAGCAGCGAUUUCAUUGCUGGGUUCUGUGGGGAGACAGAAGAAGAUCAUCAGCAGACUGUAUCUUUGCUACGGGAAGUCCGCUACAAUGUAGGCUUCCUGUUUGCUUACAGCAUGAGACAGAAAACCCGGGCGUAUCACCGGCUGCAAGACGAUGUGCCCACGGACAUAAAACAGAGGUGGCUGGAGGAGCUCAUUACUGUAUUUAGAGAGGAGGCUUCAAGGGCCAACAGAGCCAUGGUGGGCCACUCUCAGCUGGUGCUGGUGGAGGGGCCCAGCAAGCGCUCUACCUCCGAGCUGUGUGGGAGGAACGAUGGCAACAUCAAGGUGAUCUUCCCUGAUGCUGAGAUAGAGGAUGCUGCAGACUGCAAAGCUCUGGUCAGGGCCCAGCCAGGGGACUACGUGUUGGUGAAGGUAACCUCUGCCAGCUCGCAGACCUUGAAGGGAGUUCUGCUUUGCCGUACUACCCUCUCCCACUCUGCGGCUUGUCGUUGACGUAUCCCUGCUGCCAGUGGGCAAAAGCAGCAGACUUUCCCCAGGAAGAAACAAGGAGGUUUGGUCAGGUGGAGGUGGGGGCAAAACCAGGGAUUUUCUUUUCCCCUUUGGCAACAACCUUCCCCCACUGGUCCGUGCAAGUUUGUAGGCAAAAGGGAUAGAAGCCAUGUAUGGACUUGCCAAACGCAACUACUACAUGAUCUUGUAUUUUCGCAUGCUCUCAUGUUUGAACCCCCCCCUCCCACCUCUUGCAGUGUUGCAGGUCCAUCUCUGCCUUUGAUCAUGUCCUCUAUUUCAUCCCAGCCUGAGAAACUGAUGUCUGCAGAGCAGGUCAUUCCUACUAGAUCAGCUGAAUUUUGGAGCUGCAAAAACCUGCAGCACCUAGAGAAUAUGUCUCCAGUUACUGCUGGAGAGUGACAGUACAAGGGGACAAACAACUUGGAAGAACAGGAGAAGAUCUUGAUGAUUUUUUUUCCAAAUACUAAUAACUUUCGGACUUGCAAAAUGCUUAGAAAGGGUAAGGGAGAACCUGCAUCCUGCUUGUGUGAUGGAAUGUAGCGCAACUGUGGAAUAUAAAACGGUGUUUAACAUGCACAAGUGAUGCUUAAUGUGUUGUAUGUGAGGACUGAGAGAAUGUACCCUUUGUGCUGGGGAUAUUUGGACCUAGGCUAGAGGGGAUUUCCUUGUCUCUAGGUCUAAGGGAAUGCAUAGUGUAAUGACUGGGCAGCUGAGAGAUACCUCUCUAGCCUGUUAAAACUUUAGUAGGUGCAAACUAGGAGUUUUGUGCUCCUUUUCUGUGGUAUGUCCUUCUCUUUGCUUUACUGGACAGGAGAAAUGGUUGGUACCAGUUUAAAUGGCCAGGAACUCCUGGGAGUUCAUCUGAUAAUUGCCUGUUUUUAUCAGAACCUGUAGUUAACCCUGGCCACGUCAUAGUCCAACCUUGUCUACUAAAUUCAAACAAAUGGCUAUAACUUGCACUCGCAGCUAAACUCUCUUGCGAGAUAUGAGACAAAAUCACACCUUUUAAUAUAGAUAAUCUUGUUAUUAAAAGAAAUGAUUGUAAAAGGCUCUGUCUAGUGAGAAAUACUUGAAGAAGCUGAUCAAGUAUUCAUAAAGUAGUUCUGACAUGAUUUUGCAGGAUUUUUAAGUUAACAUGAAAGAGUUUUGUGAGAAAGUUUUGGGUUUUUUUUUUCUCCUGCUCCACUGGAUCUAGGAUACAAUUGUAUCUCUUUGAAAACAGCAUGGUUCACUGAGUAUUCAUUAUACCUUAGCUUAAGAAACAAACACAUGUUGCUGAUUAUCUCAGAGCUAAUUCUCUUCUCAUAGAAGUGAAUCUUGUAACUGCAUAGUCAGCACUAAUCAGUGUGGGUUUUGAAGUGUUAAGAAAUACAGGUCUUAUUCAGCCAUCCUGCCUCCAGAGCAGAUAGUGUCCUAGGCCCAAAUUCACAAAUCAGUUCUUAGGCCCCUGCUAUCCAGUGAGUGUAAGCCUUUGACAAGAAGUUUUUUAAGGAAAAGAAAGGGCCUAUUUGGUUUGAAAUACCAAGGGAAAAAGCAGGAUGUAAGCAUCAACACUCAGAAGUAACAGGUACCAAAGCCAACAUGUACUUGCUAAUAAAAAUGACUGGGUUAACUACUG